AUGAUCCCGUGCGUCGUCGAGGGCAACUUUUUCGUCAAAAAGCUGCUCGGCGACCGCCCCGUGCUAAUCAAGGCCCUCCCGCCGCGGUACCACACCUCCAGAGUGUCGAAUCCAGAGUGGGCCAUCAAGACGCGGUACCACACGGGGCCCGGCUACAUCGAGGUUGUCGGCGACAUCCUCUCCUCCAAGAUGGCGACCAACAUGUGGCGCGGCGUCGAGUCUUUCGCCAAGUCGCUCGUCGUCGAUUUGGGGUUUGUGCUCGAGGCGCAGGCGGAGCAGGAGCUGCCCGAGCGGCUGAUGGGCACGGUGCGUUUCCAUCGCAUCAACCUCCGGAAGGCGGUGCCGCCGCCGACGACGCCCUAG